UGACACACUGGCACACACACACACUGACACACACACACUGACACACACAUACUCUCCCUGCUUCUCUGUCUCACCUCAGGACCCCAUCACUGCCACCACCGCCACCACUGCCACCACCGCCACCACCGCCGCCACCGCCGCCACGUCACCCUCCUCGUCAGCCGCCCAGGAAAAAGCGAUGCCCGACGGAGCCCUGGGGACCCCCGGCGGUCCCGGGUCGGAGGGACGGGCGGGAGGAGAGGGACAGGCAGAGGAGGAUGAGGAGGUGGAGGGAGGAGGUGGAGGGAGGUCGUCAUCGGUGGUGGUGGCUCGCCUGCUGCGGAAGGCGCAUGUGCAGCUGCAGCAGAUCAAGAGUGACAAGCAGUCCGUCCGCCAUCUCAAGCCCGACUCCUCGCUUCCCUCGUCAGCUGCCCAUCACCUCACCGCCACCACCGCCGCCACCACCGCCGCCACCGCCGCCACCACCGGCCCGGCAGUCCGGCCUGCCCGUGGUGCCCCGGUGUCGACGCGCUCCUCCCGCACGCGGUGCGAUCACUCCGGCAACAACGCCGGCGCCGCCGCCACCGCCGCCACCACCGCCGCCACCACCGCCGCCAUUGCCGCCACGGCCCAGCUGGCAGUGGUGCCGGUGGCGGCUUUGUUGCCGGCAGCGGCAGCGAGUACUUCAGCGAGUACUUCAGCGAGUACUUCAGCGAGUACUUCAGCGAGCUCGGAGAGUACUUCAGCGAGUACUUCAGCGAGUACUUCAGCGAGUACUUCAGCGAGUACUUCAGCGAGUACUUCAGCGAGCAUGGCAGCGAGCAUGGCAGCGAGCACGGCAGCGACGGGGGAGAGAGUUGGGAUGAAGAGGAAACUGGAUGCACUCUUCUCAAGGGAGGGAGGAAAGAGAGACAGCAGGUUCCAGCCCCAGGUGUCCGUGUCUCCCUGCACGGCCCCCGUGCCCGGACCGCGCAUCAAGCACGUCUGCCGGCGAGCUUCCAUCGCCCUCGGCAUGCCGCGUGCCACCCUGGCGCCCGCCGCCGCCGCCGCCGCCGCCGCCGCCGCCGUCGUCACGCCGGUCGCCGGCACCGUCGCCGGCGGCUCUCCCGCCACGCCGGUCGCCGGCGGGAGCGGUGGCGCCGCGGUGGAGGGAGCCGGCGUGGCGCUGCCCACGCUGGGCGCGCUGCUGCCCACGCUGAGCGCGCUGCUGCCCACGCUGAGCGCGCUGCCCGCGUACGAGAGGGCCGCGGUGUUGGCCGACUUGGACGACCGUUCUUCGGUGGACGACUCUGAGGAACCGGACUACCCGGUGCAGAUCAUCAAGGCACGGCACUCCGGGCGUGGCAACGACGCUCACCACGGUGCUCACCACGGGCGAGGUGGUGGUGGUGGUGGUGCGGGGCGAGGUGGCUCUGACGGUGAGGGAGGAGAUGCGGGGAGCUGCUCGGAGCUCCGCGACACGGAUUACCUCCCACCUGGAUCGCACACAGCCUCGCGCUCCCACCACAAACACAAAGGCUCGUCGGCCCCCGCGUGCAAGCGGUCGCGUGCAGGCCGCUGCGGUGAAUGUGCCCCGUGCCUCGUGGCCGACGACUGCGGCCGCUGCCCUCACUGCCUGGACAAGCCCAAGUUCGGGGGCAACAACGUGCGGAAGCAGUGCUGCAUACACAGAAAAUGCGUGAAUCGACAAAAAACAAAGGGGUUCGGAAAGAAAACGACAGAGUUGCUGAAAGGAAAACUCCUGGACUCUGUUCCGUUGGAAUCGCAAAGACUUCCCUUGCAAGGGGCACGCAUCAAGGUUCCAGGCCAGCCUCGUCCGAUGGUUCCUGGGCCUGGCCACGUGGAGCGAACUCCUCUCUGUCGCCUGGAGAACUGUCGCAGGAGAGGUGGUGGCUUCGCUCUGCCCAACUCGGACCCCAAGGUUCAACGUCUCCUCAGCAAACGCAAGGCCAAGGAGGCUGGAGUGGCAGGCGACGCUCCGUUCCGCUCGGCCACGGAGAGGGGUGAGGACGGAGUGCCACAACAACAACAACAUCAGCAACAUCAACAACAUCAUCAACAACAACAUCAUCAUCACCAACAACAACAUCAACAACAGCAGCCAGCAGCAGCAGCAAACAGAUCCGGUGACAGCUCUCACACACGCCUCCGUGUGGACUUCAAGGAGCAGCGCUCUCUGGAUGCUGUGUGGGACAGCGGUGGGGUGAGUCUCCUCACCACCGACGAUGCGGCCCUCUCCCUGGGCUCUGAGUGCUUCCUGUGCGCCAGCAUCGGCCUGCUGCCAUUGCUCUACUGCCAGGUCUGCUGCGAGGCGUUCCACCCCUUCUGCCUGCACGAGUCUCAGCGCCCGUCAGGCGUACAGCGCCACAGCUGGUGCUGUCAGCUGUGCCGCUACUGCCAAGCCUGCGGCCUUCCUGGACAGCUGCUGGAGUGCUCCACGUGCCGUGCGAGCUACCACACGGAGUGCCUUGGACCGCAGCACCCCAGCAAGCCGUCACGGCGCAACAUCUGGCUGUGUGCUCGCUGCGUCCGCUGCAAGCGUUGUGGUGUCACCACUCCGGGCGAGGGGAAGGCUGACGCCUGGUCACAUGACUUCACCCUCUGCGCUAACUGCAGUCGCCUGUUCGGCGGAGGUAACCGCUGCCAGGUGUGUAAGAGUUCGUGGAGCGAGGAAUCUGCUGAGGGCAAGGUGAUGGAGUGCUCCUCCUGCCGCCUCUGGGUUCACUCUGUGUGUGCGGGGCUUGACGAUGACAUGGUGGGUCUACUCAGAGGCGUGGGUACCUACCAGUGCACCUACUGCUCUGUGGGUGACACGGCCGACUGGAGGAUUGCCCUGACGUCACAGCUGCAGCAGAGACUCACCACCGUCAUCACCACACUCACCUGCAGCAGUAGCAGCAGUGAGCAGCCUCCCGGAGUCCCCCGGUGGCCAAUUGGCCACCUGCAAGGCGGAACCCGCAACCAAUCGGGCGGCGGCGGGGGCGGAGCCUCGGCGGGCGGACGGCCAAUGGGAGGACGGGGACGGCGGGGGGGCUGGAGACGGUGAAGCGGAGGGUGAUGGGUGGCACUUACAGCUCCACGUGCGGCUUUGUCCAGGAUGUGGUGGCUGCCAUCUCCAAGCAGGGCGAGGGCAGUGCCACUCACCUCAAGGCCACCUUCAUGCAGUUGAUGGAUCAGCUGUUCCCGUGGCUGGACGUGAGCAAAAGGUUCCCCUUACAAGUGA